AUGAACCACCGCGACGGCGACGCUUUUGAUCGUGUCCACCCGGACUUUGUCGAUCUCAUGUUCCGAGUCGGUAUCGACCCGCCUAUAAACCCCCCCUCUGAGGACGCCAUGGCUCGAAGUAUAUAUCUGGCUAUUCAAAUGGCGAAUGAGUUUGAGCAGGCUGAGUUGGUAUCGAGGAUUAUCCCCGAGGAGGAGUUAGCAGCUGAGCGACUUGCAGAGGGAGACUUUCGCAAUCUCGAUCACCGGAUUACGCUCGAUGAGGCAGAGAGACUGGCAGCGCUUCGGGCGACACCUGAACCUGACAGACAGGUUGAGCGACGGGGUGGUAACCUUGGAGAGUGCAUCAUCUGCGGUGAAGGGGGACAUGUCAGAGCCCCUUGUAACUGCGUAUACUGCUACCCUUGUCUCCGCGAGUUGAUUCGACGAGGUCUCACUGGUCUUACCGAGUUUCCUCCAAGAUGCUGUGUGCAUUUUAGAGAGGAAACAAUCCGACUUGCGCAGCGUCCAGCCCUUGUACACUUGUUCCGGCAACUGCAGGAGGAGAGCGAAGUCCCCCUGCCAGACCGAUUAUACUGCCACGACCCUCACUGCGCAGCAUUUAUUCCCCUGGACUGUGACGGGGAGUGUCUUAUAUGCGAGCAGUUGACUUGCCAGCGGUGCGGAGGGCGAGAUCAUGGUAGACGGAGAUGUGAUGAGGGGGAGAUUCUGGAGGAUGUGUGGGAGAUGAUGGAUCGGAGACGUAUCGUCAACUGUCCUGGUUGCGGGAUCAUGGUUCAGCUGGCUGAAGCCUGCAACCACAUAACGUGUGUUACCUGCCGAGCAGAGUUCUGUCUCAUUUGUGGUGAGCGUUGGAAGACGUGCGACUGCGAACUAUACGGAGGACAUAACCACAUGGUGCCGAUGCGAAGUCGGCCUGGUCGAAAGCCGGACCGGUAUCGUCGAGCUCCACGAAAUGUGGAAGCCGUUGAGCCUGGCCUAAGGAUUCCCCAGUUGCGGCCUCGACAUGGAGAGGAGGAUCGUGGCCCGAGAGUUACGGAGGAUAUGAGCGUCGGGGGAGAGAUGGUGAGGACGCGGGUCCUGCCUAUGGACAUCACCGUCGACAUCAUGGGCGUCGAGAAGAAGAGGAGGCUGGUCCUGCUUUUAGACCGCACCGUGGACACCGAGAAAGAGAGCAGGAAGCGGGUCCUGCUCAUAGAGAACUUCGUCAACACCGAGCUCGAGAGGACGAAGAGGCUGGUCCUGCUCAUAGACCUCAUCAUCGCCGACAUCGAGAGAGAGACGACGAGGAAGCGGGUCCUCCCUAUGAACGGCAUCACCAACAUCGAGAAAGAGAGGAAAAUCAGGCAGGUCCUUUUUAUAGGCAGAACCUUUGGCAGGACCGUUGGGCUCAGGUGUAUGAAAGACCUCAGCCAGAGCUGGCCGAGCCUGAGCCGAUGCCUGACCUGGACCUACCGCCCCCGGCUCUGGAUGCACCAGAGCAGCACCCACAAGAAGAACGGAUCGUGA